GCAAAGAAGAUUCUCCCGUCCAUGGUGAUAGACUUGGUCCGGGAUAAAAUGGAUAAAUAUUGCAUAGAAAGUAUCAACAACAUGCCAGACAUGUUCAAGUGUCCAGAUUGUGGAGUGCCUGUUGAGAUGGCUUCUGGGAAUAAAGAAUUCCAGUGUCAAAAUGAAGAUUGCAUGAUGACAUGUUGCCGCUACUGCAAGAAGCCGUGGAAUGAUGGAGACCACUCCAGCUGCAGCCCGGUGCUUUCAGCAGCAGACGACAUUGCUGGUAUGGAACAGUUGCCACAACACUGGGACCCAAUGCCAGAUAAGGACACGGAUUUCAUCAGUGUAGAGUUACAGCCGGGAUCGGAAGAGUACAAAACUGUCAUAGAUAGCUUCCGUCACACGAUGCGAGGCAGACUGGUGAAGUCGAUCAGACGAAUACAGAACCCGCGACUGUGGCAAAAAUAUUUACUAACCCGGAAGCACAUGUUGGAUGAUUUCGGAGCACAGAAACUCAACGAGCAGCUCUUGUUCCAUGGCUCAGACGCCGCGACUGUGAACGCUAUCUGUAAGGAGGGAUUUGAUUGGAGGCUGUGUGGCCAGCAUGGCACAGCAUUUGGGAAAGGUACAUAUUUUGCUAAAAAUGCUAAUUAUUCUGAUAGAUAUUGUCACAGUGGUGAUAUGUCAUUAAAUUCCAAGGCCUUUCAUCAAGGAGCAGCAAUUCCAUUUGGAUUCGAAACAGGGUAUAACCUUGCAGCAAUACUAUUGCCACUUCCACCAACACCAGCACCACACCUUACAACAGUACAGCCAUUUCCACGAACUCACAAGACGGGAAGGUCCAAGUUGAUGCUGUGUGCCCGGGUUCUGUGUGGUCGUAUGGCGGCGGGAAACAACUGCAUGCUUCGGCCUCCACUGGAUCCUGGUGACUUGAAGCAGAGACCGUUCAAUUCUGCAGUCGAUAACCCAAUCAACCCAUCUGUGUUCGUAAUAUUUGAGAGUUCGCAGACUUAUCCAGAAUAUGUUUUGGAAUAUUUAUGAUGAAGUGGUUCAUGUCCUGUCUUUCUGUUCUAGCGCCAUAAUGGUAGCUGAGUAUAGCUCAGUGGCACAGAAAUAAAUUGGGACCAUUGCAUUGAUCACCCUGAACCCCCACCCCCCUCCUUCACCCAGCCCCACCUCCUUCAUCACUGGGCAGGCUGGAUAUAGCUCGACAAUAGAGCACAUAACUCACCAUUGUAUUGGUCAC